GUGAAGAUGUCAGGUCGCAACGUGUUGGUCCAUCGGCGCACCUUCCAGAACGCCAACCAGGCUCAACACCACCACCACCACCACCACCAGCGAGGACAUCAACACCAUUCACCACCACCAUUGAGGCCAGAUCACACCACCACCACCACCACCAACACCAGGAUUGGCUACAGUGAAGGUCGUGGCAGAGAGUGUACUCAAACUCCUACUGUGAGCUACUUCUGCUGCCUGCGCCCUCACCACCCCUGUGAAGGACGCCCAGCUGACCCAACCCUCCUCGGAAAUGCGAAGAAGAAGAACAGAAGUCACAGUUGAACUUAGAAAGAACAAACGAGAGGAAACUUUCUUAAAACGAAGAAAUGUACCAACCAUAGACUCUACAACAGGUGG